UAAAGUACUGGGGGACAGUUCAACUGUUCAGAUGAGUGAGUGUAGAGGUCUCUGGAGCUUCUGAAGAACGUAAAUAUAUUUCUCGUGUAUUGGCAAUGGUAAAUGUUGUCGUCUUCUCUCAUCCACAUUUCAUAGUGUCAGUCGGUCUCUUGUUGGAUGGGACGUUGCAGCUAUCUGUUUAUGGAAGGAACUUUCUCUAACAAACAUGAACAAUUGGAGGAACCCUAGACAUCUGAAGGAAUUAUGCGAAGAGAAAUUCUGCAGCCUGAUAUACCGUCCAUUUGUAAUAUGGACUAAAACACUGUCCGUGUCUGAAGCAGUUCAAUGGAGAAUCAGGCUGAUCGUGUUUCAGCUCAUGCUUAAACAGUGCGUUGAAUUGAAAGAAUAUCUGAUGUCGCUGCCGGAGUUAGCCUGCAAGCUUCUGAUGGAAAAGAUCUUCAAAACUGUCUCCGCUAUUAUCGCAUCGUACCACUUAGCACUUUGCUCCCGACUUCGAAACUUGGAUUGCAGACUUCAGUAUGAAGAAGUCUGUCUCUACAUGCUCAGAGUCGUCUUCCUUCCAUGCAUAAAAGAGUGUAACAUCAGGGAUAUCCAAAAUGUAUUCGUACAGGAGUUAGUGUCGCAGUCGCUUCAAACAAAUCCAAAUAUCACUCGUCUGAUUCUUCCACAUAUUCCAACUACUAAAGUCGAAAAUUCUGUUUUGAGUAGUUUUGAAAGUCUGGCAGUGUUGCAAGAAUUCAAUUCUGAAUUUGGUUGCACUAAUGAUAUAGUUAUAGAGUUGGGAAAACAUUGCAAAUUACUCAAGGUACUUGACAUCACCGGUUCUAAACUUGUUACUAAUGGAUGUGUCCAGUAUAUUCUGAAUAUGCAAAACUUGGAGAAACUCUAUGUCUCAGAAAGUAGCAUUUCUGAGACGUGUUAUGCUCUGCUUAUUUCAAAUUUGCCACGAAUUCAGAACAUAACUUGGAAAGGUCCAGUUGAUUUUAUAUUACGAAAGAUUACAAAAAUAUCUAUUCCUUCAGUAAAUGAGUUUGUUGGCGCAGUAUCAGAUGCGUCCUUAGUGAGAAAAGUGUGUCCACAUGUCAAAUACUUGAGCGUUUGUAUACAGACGGGAGAUGCUUGGGAUCUGGUGAACCUGAAUAACGUAGAGUGGUUGGAAUUCACGUCUUGCGAUUAUAACAUCCAAAGCUUGGGGAUCGUAUUUAAAUAUCUGGGCAAAAGACUUGUAAAGUUAGAUAUGGCCGCUGUCAAAAAUGUUGAUAUUACUCAAAUUAUUAGAUAUUGUACCGUUUUGGAGAUUUUCAACGUUGGCCUUUGUGAAAUUGUAAUUUCGGAAAUUUUUCCACUCACUACCGAAUUGCGACAUUUUAAGAGCGUCAAGGAAAUUGCACUUGUAUGCAACCAAAAUGUCGUAUAUUUCCUCAAGAUCCUUCACCUCUAUGAAAAUUUAGAAUCUUUCUAUGCAGAAGGAGUUGCAGAUCUAGAACAUAAUACUUUAUCUGAAAUUAUAAAUGCUGGUGGCUUUAGAAAACUUUCUAAAAUACGCCUUUGUUUCUGUGGACUUCUCACUUUGCAGACGGCUUUGUUGCUGAUCGGGAGGUGUGGAAAUCUGCUUGUAAUAGGGAACUUAAGUGCUUGGUACGGAGUCAGUGUUGAUGAUCAGAACUACCUGUUUGAUUUUGUUCUGACAAAUAACCUUGCAUUAUCUGUAGUUUGAAAAUAAUUUGAAAUUAAUUUUAAACUGAAGAGUGUCGUAUUUUACGUUUAUGAGUUAAUAUUUUAAAUGUACCGCAAUUUGUAUAAUCGCACAAGUGUAGUUUGAUACAUAACGAAAUAUAAAAAUAUUUUGCAGUGAA